AUGGACGCGCUUCGCUCUGCGCUGCAGCCCAUCACGCACAACCUGCCCGGCCCGAUCCGCGACCUCGGCGUGUCCAUCAUCGGCGACACGUGCUACAAGGCCCUGCUGCUCGACGUCGAUCUCGAAAACACCGAGUGCGUCAAGCUGGCUGUCAGCAAGGCGCUGGGAAUCGGAAUUGUGGGCGCGUCGUCGAUCGUCAAGGUGCCCCAGAUCGUCAAGCUGGUGCAGUCGCAAUCGGCCAGCGGCGUCUCGUUCCUCUCAUACUUGCUUGAGACGAGCAGCUACCUCAUCUCGCUCGCCUACAACUACCGGAAUGCGUUUCCCUUCAGCACCUACGGCGAGACGGCGCUCGUGCUGGGGCAGAAUGUCAUCAUCACGGUGCUCGUCCUUAACUACAGCGGCCGCGCCGGCAUGGCCGCCCUGUUCGUCGCCGCCCUUGCCACGAGCGUCGUGACGCUCUUCAACGCAAACAUCCUGGACAUGCAGAAACUCAGCUACCUGCAGGUCGGCGCCGGCGCUCUGGGCGUUGCGAGCAAGAUCCCCCAGAUCUUGGCGAUUUGGCAGGAGGGCGGCACAGGCCAGCUGAGCGCCUUUGCGGUGUUCAACUACCUUCUCGGCUCGCUCACGCGCAUUUUCACGACCCUGCAGGAGGUGGAUGACAAGCUGAUCCUGUACGGGUUUGUAGCGGGCUUCGCCCUGAACCUAGUGCUCGCACUGCAGAUGGUCUACUACUGGAAUGCACCUUCGGCCAAGGCCAAGGGCAAAAGAAAGGAGGUCCCGGUCGAGGCGCCGUCAUCAGCUACAGCCACAGCAGUCCCGAAGAGCAAAGGCCCGACAACACGUCGUCGUGGUUAG